CCCUCUCCCCCUCCCUCCCAGCAGGGCACCCUGGCUGGAAUCUGGGUGAACGAACUGGGCUCCAAGAUGGUCCUGGAACCGCCCAAUGCCAAGGGCGAGUUCUCUGGCUCCUACCUGACUGCCGUCUCUGCCGCCCAAAAGCCCAUCUUGAAAUCGCCCCUGGUUGGGGUCCAGCAUGACCCCUCGAAGGAGGACCAGCCCACCUUCGGGUUCACUGUCAACUGGGCCUUCUCAGAUUCCACAACUGUCUUUGUGGGGCAGAGGUUUGUGGACAGCAAGGGCGAGGAGACCCUGGAGACGAUGUGGCUCCUGCGCGAGGAGAUGGACUCUGCUGGAGACAAUUGGAAAGCUACCAGGGUUGGCACAAACGUCUUCAGGCGAGAAUAAUGGCCAGGCUGGCCUGCCGUGUUUCCUCCUGGUGCUGGGCUGGUGUUGCCACGAGUCUCUGCUGCUGCCUGCUUCCCAUCUUGGAAAGAAAAAGCACUUCACUUGUUUCUCCUCCUCCUCCCCAGUCUCAGCUCUUGUGGGUCAGCCUGUCUAAGGGGGGUUUCUCCCCUUGUCCCAGGGGUUUGGUGAGCUGUAAUGCCCUUCGCCAGCAGACCAGCCCAUGUCCUCAUGAGUCCUCCCAGGCCACCCUGGCAGAAAAGGGAUGACCCAGCCUCCUUCCAUGCUGAGAAAACUGCGACUCAGCUCCGAAAAUCAGAGCCAUCGGCCCAAUGCCUGUUGGCCAGGAGAGACCGUCUAUCGCACCCCUCCCCCCUGGUGGGGGGGCCAGGGCCAUUCAGCUUUGGGGAGUGGAAGGCUCCCAUUCUCUCCCCUCUGCACCAGGUCUGCAAGCCGGUCCCGUUCCAGUUUGGAGGCCUGGAUGAGCCUGGACAGCAGCGGCCUAGCGGUGAGGACCGGGGGUGGGGGGAGGAGGAGAGGCUGUUGGUCAGUGAUGGAGAAAGGAAGUGGGAUAGCAUCAAACCAAAGUCCUGUCAGCUGAUAGGCUCCUUUUGAAUGCACCUGCAUAACACGCUUGCACCAAACCGUGAAUUGCAGCACAUGGCUAAAUCCAUUUUCUGGCCAUCUAUCAAGCCCCCCACCCCCCCACAGCUCCAUCCCAGGGUAAAGAGAAUGGUGGCUGCUGAUGUUUAGUGGGAGGGAAGGGAAGGGAAAGGAAGGGAAGCCAAUCUCUGUCCUUAACUGGCCUCAUAUCCAGGGAGUAAGGACCACCCCAUCUGCUGACCUCAUCUGUGCUGGCAGGGUAGGGGAGAGCAACAGCGGCAGCACGCUUUAGAGCCUCCUGUGGGUCUGGGAGGGGUGGAGAGCCCUUGGGGGAACAAUCCUUCCAUCUCAGCCAGCGGCCGGACACGGCGCAAGGGGUGCGGAUGCUCUUCCAUGGCUUGCCAGUGAACUGUAAUCUUUCCUAAGGCAGGAGGAGAAAGCUUUUACAUUCAUGGGGAAGGAUCGAAUUCACUGCUUGGGGUAAAUUCAAUUUUCAUCACAUGUAAUGUUGAAAUAUAUUGUGCUUCACCUAUAAUAAAAGAAAACAAUAAUCAGGUAUGAUAGUAAACAAUAAUACAAACAAAAUAAACCAGAAAAUAACUGAAGCCUAGGAAAAAAAGCAAAAAAAAAGAUCUACAAUCACGGGUCCCAAUGAUUACUGCCCGGCAGCACUCGCCCCCAUCGUGAUGAAAUGUUUUGAGAGGCUGAUGAAGGACCACGUUGUUUCCGGACUCCCUCCUUCGUUUGAUCCACUUCAGUUUGCUUUUCGGCAGGAUCGCUCUGUGGAGGAUGCCAUCUCCUCU